GGUAGACUGCAUAUAAAUUGGUGAGAUGCGUAGUGUGUGCAUGAGAGAUUCUUGCCCACCUAAGAAGAAUGUUGGUGUUCCUGCUUCUAUCUAAUCUCUCAUUCUCAGGUGCUGUGCAGAGUGGCAUCUUUGGAGGUCGUGAGGCCAAGCCCCACUCCAGACCCUACAUGGCUUCACUGCAGAUUCCAACACACAGCACACCACCAGGACACCACACGUGUGGAGGUGUACUGAUCAGGGAGGACUACGUACUGACUGCUGCACACUGUCUCAACCGGUCCAUUCCCAAUUUCCGGGACAUGGAGGUGGUUCUAGGGGCCCAUAACAUCAAUCAGAAGGAGGCCAGUCAGCAGAGGAUCAAGGUGAAGAAGUUCCUCAAACAUCCUCUCUUCACAAGCCAGUAUGACUACGACAUCAUGCUACUCAAGCUGAAGACCAAGGCCAAGCUGAAUAAGUUUGUGAGGGUGAUGGGGCUGCCCAAGAAGGAUGGGAUCGUCCCUCCAAAGGUGAGGUGCUGGGUGGCGGGAUGGGGGAUGCGAGCCCCUGGCUCCCCAGCAGAGCACCUCCUGCAGGAGGUGCAGGUCCAGAUGAAGAGCCAGAAGGACUGCGAGGCUUCAUGGACGAAAUACUUCAACAGCACCCACAUGACGUGCUCCUCUUCAAGCGAAGGCAAAGGCUUCUGCCAGGGGGAUUCUGGAGGGCCUCUUGUGUGUAAUACUAAAGCUCAGGGUAUUGCUGCUUACACCAAUAAAGACUGCACAGACCCCGCAGUUCCGCAGGUGUACAUCAGGAUCUCUGCCUUCCUGCCCUGGAUGAAGAAGGUGAUGAAGGGACAAGACAGCGAGCCAUGAGCCUUUAAAGUGACCACCACACUGGAGCCAUGAGCCUUUAAAGAGAUCACCACACUGCAGUGUGUCUGCCUCUGUGUGUGUUUGUCGGUGUGUGUGUGUGUCUGUGCCUCUGUGCGAGUUUGAGUGAUUUUUAAACUGUCGUACUUCUUUUGCUGUACAUUUUCAGGACUUUGUUUCAAUAAAAAUUCCAAAUCUCUGCUACUGAA